AUGCAACGGUCCAAAUGCAGUUACCACGCCCUCUGUUCCAUUGUGCCUGCCUAUACAUACCCUUUGGGCAUCGGCCUUUCGCUUUUUUUCCCUCUCACACUCGGUCCGGUGCAUGUUGUCCACAGAUCCUUCGGCCUCAAUCCUCCUUCCCCCCCCCCCUGGCCGCACUUCACACCGCGCCCCGAGUUUAAAAAUGUCUGA